UCGAACCAAAGACAUACAUACUACCGUUGUGAAUGGAGCGGUAGUAAAAGUGUUGAUUGUGUCCAUGGAGGGGAGGAGAACAGAAGGAGAGAAAGCUACUAUAGGCAGGCCACAACUUUGAUCCCAUUGAUGUGUUGCAGGAGGUUGUGCAGCUGAAACCCAAAGCCCAGUAACGUGUCAGACUUUGUGAACUAUUCUAAGUAUCAGUUGCUGACGCUGAUAUGAAGGGUGGGGGCUCCUAGGGCAACGUAUGUGCCUCUAUAAGAAGGAAAGGGAAAAACAGCCUUUACGAGAUCUGUUUGACAUACAGUUAAUUAAGUAGCACUGUUAAUAAUGUGAAACGAAGCUGUUAAUAGAGUCCAUAUCACAGUCUCACGUGAGAAUCAGAGAUAAAUCCAGUUGUCAAUGAACAUGUGUUUUUUUUUUUUCCAGCUCCCAGGGCUCCGCGUGUAAAAUGGCGAACGUUUGGACGGAGAGCGAGGUUUAGUGUGAAGGUAGAUUGCGAGGAGCUGCAGUGACCUUGGGACUGCUUGCUGAGGGCAGGACAGGAUUCCUGAAGGGGCACAUGGUCUAGAGUGACAAGGCCAUCUGCUGUAGCGCCAGCAGUAGAAGGAAGGUGGAGGGGGUCGUACACAGGGGUGCUGAGAAUUCCUUUAGCUGGGGCGUGGAGGGAGUAGAUAUUCUGGGAUACCGCUGCAAGCACUCUGCCGGGACACGCGUUUCUUUGGUGUUUUUCAAUAGGAAAUCUGCAGAACACGUUUUUGAACGCUUGAUGGUGAGAGGAGAUCAUCGCCGGGUGGAACGGGGAAGGUCUCGCUCUGACGCUCCAGCUCUCCACGUAGCCACUGGUGAUAAUGUUCUUGGUGUGUCGCCGUUUUACUUGGGUGGAUCCAGUUUCCUCUCAGCAAAGCUGGAGCUGAGAGAGCGGGAUCUGGUAGGCCUUCUGGCAGCCGCCUCUCGGAGGGGGAUCAUCUUCAAGGGAUCUUCUUUGGGUUUGUACUUUGCAUGGCAAGGAUCUACUUUCCUGCUGCCUCACCCAAAUUGCAUGGCCUAAACGAAUGAAUAUUUUAUGAGGCGCCUUGCACCAGAGAUGGGCCAGGACCAAACCAAGCAGCAGAUAGAGAAGGGCCUGAAAUUGUAUCAGUCCAAUCAGACAGACAAAGCACUGCAUGUGUGGACAAAAGUGUUGGAGAAGACCUCGGAUCCUGGAGGGAAGUUUCGGGUUUUGGGCUGCCUGAUCACAGCUCACUCAGAGAUGGGAAAAUACAAAGACAUGCUCAAGUACGCCCUCGAUCAAAUUGACACAGCCAGAGAAAUGGAGGAUCCCGACUACCUGACGGAGGGAUACCUGAACUUGGCUCGCAGCAACGAGAAGCUGUGCGACUUCCAGAAAACGGUGUCCUACUGUAAGACCUGCCUAAACAUGCAGGGCACCACCGUGAGCCUGCAGCUCAACGGCCAGGUGUGCCUCAGCAUGGGCAACGCCUUCCUGGGCCUCAGCGUGUUCCAGAAGGCGCUGGAGAGCUACGAGAAGGCCCUGCGCUACGCCCACAACAACGACGACAAGAUGCUGGAGUGCAGGGUGUGCUGCAGCCUGGGAAACAUCUACGUGCAGCUCAAGGACUAUGAGAAAGCUCUUUUCUUCCCCUGCAAAGCAGCUGAGCUCGUCAAUGACUACGGCAAGAGCUGGAGCCUCAAGUAUCGAGCCAUGAGCCAGUACCACAUGUCUGUAGCCUACAGGAAGCUGGAGCGCCUGCCAGACGCCAUGGAGUGCUGCGAGGAAUCCAUGAAGAUUGCCCUGCAGCAUGGCGACCGCCCGCUCCAGGCUCUGUGCUUGCUAAACUUCGCAGACAUACACCGCUGCAGGCGCGACGUUGACAAAGCAUUCCCUCGCUACGAGUCGGCGCUGUGCAUCAUGACCGAGAUUGGAAACCGCCUUGGACAAGCGCACGUCUGCCUGGGCGUCGCUAAGGGCUGGCUCCUGCAGAAGGAAUAUGACAAGGCUCUGGAGUCUUUGCAGCGAGCUCAGGAGUUAGCGGAUGGAAUGGGAAACAAGCUGUGCACGCUGAAGGUUCACUGCCUGAGCGAGGGCAUUUAUCGAAGCCAAGGGCAACAGGAGGAGCUCAGAGAGCAGGUGGUCAAGUUCCUGCAGUGCGUGGAGGAGCUGGAGCUCUACUGCGGCAUGUGUGGGGAGUCCAUUGGCGACAGAGACCAGAAGCUGCAGGCUUUACCCUGUUCCCACAUUUUCCAUCUAAAGUGUUUGCAGACGAACGGGACGAAGGGCUGUCCUAAAUGUUUCAAGUCCUCCAUGAAGCCUGGAUUCGUGUGAUUGUGAGACCGUGUUGCUGCGUUGGAUGUGCAGACACAGCGUGACGCCGCACGGCCUCCUGACUGAUCUGAGAGCAGCAGGGACUCUCAGGAUGUGCUGAGGACGUUCAGGGACUUCACGGCUCUGUGCAGAGGAUGCUGAUAUGAGCGCAGCGUUCAGAAUGCAGCCGUGAAGACGCGAUGAAGGUAUUUGUCUUAUUUCCAGACUUCUGUCUGUGAGUGAAGCCGACAGAGGAGGCAGAACUGACGGUUUCGUAUUUUAACGUGAGCUGAAGGAACGGCCCACGUUGAUUCUGACAGCCGGCCUUUUGUUCAGAGCGAUGAAGCGUCCAAAGAGCAUUUAUAUCUUAGCGAAUCGUAUUUGCUGUUUUAUGCGUUAGACUUCUUUAAUAAAAUCUAGACAAUCUGUGGAACAGGAA